AAAGUAUAGAAAGAGAUCAAAAUGAUAUUAUCAUAGCAUCUUUUCAAGGAAGUAAUGAAAGUUUUCUAGGAAUGACACUACUAAUAGCAAUAAAUAGACCAUUAUCAGGAACUACCACACCUAUAUCCCAACCACUAUCUAAUUCAUUGUCCUAUAAUAGUGUAUCACUAUAA